AAUGGUUCUUUCGCCGAAAGCCAGCUGAUUUACUUCGGUCGACAGGUUAUUGAAGGUUUGAAAUACUUGCAUGGCGUAAAGAUCGUACAUAGAAACAUCAAGCCAGCCAACCUGCUCGUGAAUUCAAAUAUGGUGCUCAAGAUUUCAGAUUUCGGCUUCAGCAAGAUCAUCCGCCCCACCGUUUUCUCCUCCAGCUCUUCGGACGGCACCGUUUACAUGAAUCCCCAGCGAUUUAAUCCUCAAACCUGCGGUGAAGAAGACAAUCUUUACGCAGAAGAUAUCUGGAGUUUUGGGGUGACUUUACUGGAGCUUUACGUGGGUGGGUUUCCGUUCUUGGAACCGGGUCAGAAACCCGACUGGUCGACGGUGAUGUACGCCGUUUGUUACGGCGUCCCCAGCCUUUAUGAUUGCUCCUCCCUGUUUCGCAACUUCAUCGGGUGUUGUUUGCAUAAAGAUUUAGGGAAAAGAUGGACGGCGUCGCAGCUGCUGGUUCACCCGUGUUUGUUUCCUCCGUUGUUUUCUCGUUAA